AUGUCAAAAAUCUAUCUUAAGUUGAUAUCUAUCUAUCUAUCUAUCUAUCUAUCUAUCUAUCUAUCUAUCUAUCUAUCUAUCUAUCUAUGUUCGACAAAUCAGAUCUAUCUAUCUAUCUAUCUAUCUAUCUAUCUAUCUAUCUAUCUAUCUAUCUGUGUUCGACAAAUCAGAUCUAUCUAUCUAUCUAUCUAUCUAUCUAUCUAUCUAUCUGUGUUCGACAAAUCAUCUAUCUAUCUAUCUAUCUAUCUAUCAUCUAUCUAUCUAUCUAUCAUCUAUCUAUCUAUCUACAAAUCAGAUCUAUCUAUCUAUCUAUCUAUCUAUCUAUCUAUCUGUGUUCGACAAAUCAGAUCUAUCUAUCUAUCUAUCGAUCUAUCUAUCUAUCUAUCUAUUAUAGACAGGUCAGAUCUAUCUAUCUAUUUAUCUAUCUAUCUAUAUAUAUAUAUAUGGCAGAUCUAUCUAUCUAUCUAUCUAUCUAUCUAUCUAUCUAUCUAUCUAUCUAUCUAUCUAUCUAUUAUAGACAGGUCAGGUCUAUCUAUCUAUCUAUUUAUCUAUAUAUAUAUGUGUGUGUGUUCGACAAAUCCUAUCUAUCUAUCUAUCUAUCUAUCUAUCUAUCUAUCUACGAUAGACAGGGCAGAUCUAUCUAUCUAUUUAUCUAUCUAUCUAUCUAUCUAUCUAUCUAUCUAUCUAUCUAUCUAUCUAUCUAUCUAUCUCAAUCUACUCUUUCUUUUUCUCUCUUUCUUUCUAUCUCAGUUUAUUUAUUUCCUUUUUAAUUCUUUCUUUAUUUCUUUCUAUCUAAUUUUCUUUGUUUCUUUUUUCUUUCUUUCUUUCGUUCUUUCUUUCACUCUGUCUGAGUUUCUUUCGUACCUUCUUUCUUUCUUUUUUCCUUACUUCUUUAUUUCUAUCAUUCUUUUGCGAUCUAUCUAUCUAUCUAUCUAUCUAUCUAUCUAUCUAUCUGAAUUCAUAUCUAUCUUAUUUUUCCCUUACAAUCUAUCUAUCUGUGUUUCUUCCUAUCUAUCUAUCUAUCUAUCUUAG